AUGAAAGGCAAUGCUGCCAUCGAUUGCAACGACGACGGCGCGCUCUAUUUGGAGGCAAAAGCUCACUUCGAGUUGUCUCAAGUCCUGUCAAACCCCGACAUCAAUCAGCUGCAGCAAUUCCUUCCAUUCUCUCCAUACACAAUCAGUCCCAACAUUGAGGAACAAGUCAUUGUAGGGGUCCAAGCUACUUUCUUCGACUGUGGCAGUAUCGGGAUCGGCAGCUCCAACCUCAAAACCCCCUUCUUAAAAGCAUCUGAGCUCUUCCAACCAAAGGACAUAAACUUCCAAAUGCCAUCCGGGGUCAUCAGCAGAGAGAAGCUUUUAACCAAGAGGUUUCGUUUCGACGGCGAGAGCCUGGCCCGUCUCAGGGCCAUGUUUGGCAGUGCUACUCCUACUCGCAUCGAGGCCGUGACUGCCCUCAUAUGGAAAUCGGCCAUGGAGGCAGCGAGGAAGAGGCCGGACUGGAACAAGACAUGUCCCCCAUCAUCAGCAGUGACACGUGUCCAUUGUGGCACACUCGUGGAACCAAACGAGAAAGUUGAAUUGCAGGACUUUGCAGGCAUUCUCAGGAAAUCAAUAAGGGCAAUUGAUAGCGAAUAUUUGAGCGCCCUUCAAGGCAAGAAUGGAUUGGCCAAGGCCUGCAAGAGCCUCAUGGCGGCACGGAAGCUGGCGGCGGCGUCUGCGGGAGAGAUUGAGCUCUACAGGUUCAGCAGCUGGGCGAGGUUCCCGUUCUAUGAGGUGGAUUUUGGCUGGGGAAGGCCCGGUUGGGUGUGCACCACCAGUGUUCCCAUGAAAAAUGUGGUGAUUUUGAUGGGAACUAGGUGUGGGGAUGGGAUCGAAGCCUGGAUCACCUUGGCCGAGCACGACAUGAUCGAGUUCGAGCGGGACGAUGAGUUUCUACAGUUCAUUACGCCGAGCCCUUGA